UCCGUCUCCCUCGACACAUCCACCCCCUCCUCCACUCCGUCCUCCUCCUCUUCCACCCUCAGCAGCAGGCCUCCUAUCCUCUCCGUCAUCGGCUCGACAAUGACCUCAGACCGCAGGCCCCGCGCCUUCAAGAUCCGCUUCCCGGCCAUCGACGCCUACUUCUCCGGCACAGGCGACAUGUUCGGCGCCCUGAUGGUCGUGCGCAUGCGCGAGGCCGUGACCAGCAGCCCCGACGCCUCGUCGCUCGGCACGACCGCCUCGUGGCUCAGCCCAGACGACGUGAGCGCCCCGGACCUGCCCCUGGCGCAGGCCGCCGAGAAGGUGCUGGCCAGCAUGCACGAGGUGCUCGAUGCGACGUGCGAGGGUAUGAAGGCCGAAGUGGCGAGAGUAGAGGCCGCCGCCGCGGAGGCUGGGGCCCUGGACGAGAAGAGGAUGCAUCUCGCGCGAUCCAAGGCGGCGGAACUGAGGCUGGUCAGGCAUUUGGGCUCGCUGAGGGAUCCGAAAGUGGAGUUUAAGGCGCAGAAGAUGUAGAGUCGUGAGCGUAGACGGGUUGCGCGGUUAGAAAGAUUCAUGGUUGCAUUGCUCUGGAGCAUCUGGAUAGACAUUAGAAUGAUGAUGCAGGACAAAAAGAAAGUAGACGGUAGAGGUGGGCAUUAGUUGCGAAUGAAUAUCAAUUCAUGGUUUCUUCUCU